UUUCAAAGGGAUAUCAAACCGUUGCAUAAAAGAACAACUCGUUUGUACCGCAUUCAAUUUUUGACCAUUAUUAUUCUUUUCACAAGGACUGUCUGCCGUGGUCUCGCGUUCAAGAACAGUGCAAUGCGACGCUUAGCUACCCGUCUCGGUAUUGCUCGUCCAUCAUUCGAUCAAUGGUGUAGUACAGUAACGAUAGAGGAGGUCCAUGAGAUGACGACCGAACUUAUGGUAUCGGGGGUCCCCAACGACGUACCAUGCAUCUUCACAUCUGCAGAACUGGCAUUGCUCAAGCAGUUGCUAGGAACAUUCUCUAUAGAUAAAUCCGGUGAACUCAGCAUGGACGACAUAUAUUCUCAUAUUUAUCAAAACCAUCCGUCUUUGCGAACGCAAGUCCAGGCCGCAUACCCGAUUAUAUCCAUUCUUUUCCUCUCGCAUUGCAGUUUUCCAUUCACCAGCAGAGUUCCACUGACCAAGAAUACUGUUAUCCGCUCAAUUGGAUUUCUCACAUCCAGGAGUAAUUACAUGUUCUCGUACACGCGCAAAUUCAGCUCUGAAUAUGCGAUCCCACGUCGCGAAGUCCUCUCAAAUAUACAGUUCAUAUUCUCCGCGCUAGCUCAGCCCGAACGAUGCACUGGUGUGCCGACGAGAGCCGAUAUGCUCGAUGUCGUUUCUCGCAUCCACUAUCCACUCCCAUCGAACCCGUGUAUGGCCAAACGUCGGCCCAUUUCUCAAUUAUACCCAGUGGCGGACAGGCUUCUUGCGUCUUCUUCUGGGUCUGAACUGCCUCCAAGAGAGACUCUUACAGUUUCUGUUCCGUUGUUGAGACCACUAGCUGAACUUUGCGACGCGAUACAAAAUGAUGGUAGUGUUGAUGGGUGGAGCUUCCUCGAAGGCAAAAAUGUUUUGACCCAUGAAGAGUUUGUGCAGUGGGCUACAGCGAUAUCCCUAACGGUGUGCAUCGAGAAGCUUUUCGAAGUGUUUUUGGUACGCCCAAACUAA